AUCGAGUUACGUUUGUUUCUGUUGAGACGAACCCUGUUGAUCAGCUGUUCUGUUGGUUGGUGAGUAGAAAUGAAAACAUUUCAAUUGUCAUUAAUUUCAUUUCCUCAGUCAUUUAGUUGAUUAUGUGAAGGUACCAUAUACAUUUAACAUUCCACGGAGAAUAUUUAUAUUUUUCUUUUCCAAUUGACUUUUUAUUCUUCUCGAGUGUAUUUACAUUUUCUUCUCAAAGUGACUUUCAAACAGAGAAAAGAAGAGAACAUUUUCAAUUGUUUUGAUUUGUUUUCUUUUUCGUGUGGUCUCUUCUUCUUGAUAUUUGAAAGGAGGGAGAGAGAGAGAAAAAAGAAAAACAAACAAAUUCUCUUCUAAUUUAUAUCUGCGCUGAGACUUUGGUUUUCUUUUUAUUCUUUGCUCAUCUUUUGCUGGUCUCUAUCAACAAUAAUCAUGGAUGGUUAUGGUAACAAUAACAACACUAAAGAGGAUAUUGGUGAUCUUUAUCCUCGCCCUGCAUCAGCGGGCUGUGUAAAUAGUAAUUGGUGUUCAUCUGAUCCAUCGUCUAGUCUUUUUGGUUCAAGUAGCGGUGAAAGAUUGGAACAUCUUGUCAAAUCUCGACCUCGUAAACCUAAAACACGAGCUCCAACACGUAUUUCAAUUAUUUCUACCAAUACAUCGUCGUCGUCUUCAUCCUCAUCCUCAUCAUCUUCUUCAUCGUCCAGCUUCAAUGUUAAUAACAAACAUUUAUCUUCUCCAAAUGGUCGUUUAAAAGUUACACCUUCAACUUCAAUUUCCACUGGAAGAGGUGUCAUUAUUUCAGAUAAAAUCGACGAUGGUCUUGAUACAUUCUUUUGUAAGCCCACUCUCAAUGUAACCGAAAGUAUCAUCACAAAAACCUCAGCAACAGUUGCAACAACAAUUCCAAGCGUAAAACUACAGACAACAAAUUCAAUUCCAAAAAUAAUGAAGCAAAGUGUUAAACCUCCGCUAUCAUCAAAUGCCAAUGUUGAUAAAUUACAGGAAAAGAGUACAACAUCAUCCAAAUCGCCAACCAAAGCAAUUCAAAAGAUAAUCAAGUCAUUUGAGAUCAGAGUUAACAGGGAAAGUGUUAAAUGAUAUCUUCUGCUCACUCAUUCAUCAAUUCCAAUUAUCCUAUUCCCUAUUACACACACACACACUCUCUCUCUCAAUCUCUCUUCCUUUAUUUAUCUUCAUAAUCUAUUUUCUCUCUCUCAUUUCCCUCUUUUUUUCUGUCAUUCUUUUUUCCUUGCUAAGUUAACCUCAUGAUAAUUAAAACUCAGUGUCCAGUUUAAGUGAACAAUUGUUCACUCAUAAUGAAUGAAUAUUUCAUUCAAAUGAUUCCACAUUAACCAAUUGUUUCCUGAUGAAACUUCCUGAGGAAUUGAAUGGAAAAAAAAGUUUUCAAGAGAAAAUCACUUUUUACAUGGGAAAGAAUACAAAUCAACAAAAAAAGGAGAGGAAAGAUGAAGAUUUGCAGUAAAAGUAUCAACAAACUCAACAAGCAACAAUGUAUUCAACAACAAUUAAGUUCAUUGCAUUUACAAUUGAUCAUAAUUCCGUUUACCAUUUAAUAUCCUUUCAUUUAAACCAUUUGAUUGGAGUUCAUUUUCUUGGGAAAAAAAGUUACUAGUAUUCUCAUCCCUUUACUUUUGUAAUCAUCACCACCAUCAUCAUCAUCAUACCAAUAGGAUGGUCUUCAUGGUUAAUUAUAUUCUACAUCCGUGUUAAUGAUAAUUAAUGGAAUUACAAUUAAAACCACAAGUCUACACACCAAAGAAAAGGAAAUACGCAAAGAGUCAACAUUAUGGAUAAACAAACGAUUACGCAGAUAAAAAAAAAUUCAGAAGCCAAAGUCCUCCAAAUUACAUUAGAAUCAACUGAUUGUCAACAGAUAACAUUGGAUUAAAUUUAAUUGUUGUUCCUAAUUUUCCAGAACCUUGUUAAUAAACGUGCGGAGAGAAACUCAAGAGAGAGACAAUUGGAUGGAGAGAGAAAAUGAGUGCAACCCUAAUGUCAACAAACAAAUAUUCUAUUCCAUGAAAGAGAAUCAUCAAAGGAAGAAGAAGAAGAUGAGGAUGAGGAUAAAUGCAAUAAACUAACGUGAUGAAUGUUGAUCUCUAAAAAAGAUAACAGUUGAUCCAACAAACAAGAGAGACAAUCAAGAUGAAGAGAGAGAGAGAAGGAAGAGGAAAAAGAAUUGGAACUACAAAAAGAAUACAACUGAAAGAGUAAAUUGUUUAUCAAUCGAGAGAAUUUAAAUUGUUAGCACAAUAUCUGAUUACGAUAAAAGGCCACUAUCAACAAACCUUAAAUUCCAUUUGAUAAAUUCUACAAUCAUAAGUGUGCCAAACAACCCGUGCCAAAGAAAUUAAACACUAACACACUUACCUUUCAAUUUCUUUUAUAAUUACCAAUCUUUUUCAUCGAAAUUCUCUUUCCUUAUAUUCCAACAAAUUCUAAUUGUUCCUUAAUUACGGUUACCCUUCCUUCCGUGACUAGUUAAUAUUAAUCAGCAUUUCGAUCCGACUUUCACAUAUCCAAUUGUCCUCCUUCUCACUUUCUCCUUCAAUUCACUUUUCUAUCAUUAUCAUUAUCGUAUUAAUUUCAUUUGUUGAUUAACUUUUUCUCUCAACAAUUAGUUGUCCCCCCAAAACGAAACACCAUCAACACCAACAACAACAACAGAAUCAACUGAAUCUCCUGAAUCUCCUGAAUUCCCUGUUCUCUUUCAUUCCAAUUAACAUCCAUUUACUCAACCAUAAACAAUAAGAAUCAUUAUAAACCAAAUAUUUUGCCAUCUAAUCAACAACAAUUAAGUAAUUUUCUUUUCCUCUUUCCUUACUAAAUUGGAUUGAUUAAUUUGUUUUAAUCACUUUCCAAUUUUUUUUUAAUUGUUCCACAAUGUUAAGACCUUUACCUUAAUUUCUUUCCGCUUCUUUAAUCAUUCAACUUUAAUUGUUUACCUUUAAUCCUUAAAUAAUUUAUUUCUCAUUUGGUUAACGAUUGGAUGAUCCAUCAAAUUUAAUUUAAAUGGAUCACAAUUAAGAUUCAAACGUUAAUUAAGCAUAAAUUAUUAUUAAUUACUUCAA